AUGGCAGUUGUAGAAACUGCAAAGGAAGCCUUAUGGCUUAUUAGUUUGGUCAAAAAGCUGGGCUUACAACAAGACGAGGUUGUUCUGCAUUGUGACAUGUGCUUAGGUGCGAGGGCUCAAACACUAGGGCCAUGCGUUUAUAAUGGGUGUGAACACUUUCUCGACAUCAUAUGCAAGGGUGUUCAAGCUGCCGCCUCAAAAGAUCCACGGAUGCCUGCUUCUCUGCUCCGACUUCAUUUUCAUGAUUGUUUUGUCAAUGGUUGUGAUGCAUCAAUUUUAUUGGACGGGUCCAACUCCGAGCAGCAAGCCCGUCCAAAUUUAAACUCGAUAAGAGGAUUGGGAGUCAUUGACAGUAUUAAGAAAGAUUUGGUUAAAAAGUGCCCUCAUACUCAUGUGUCUUGUGCUGAUAUAAUAGCCGUCGCUGCACAAUGUGCUGUAGUAAUGAGCACAGACCCAAGACUAUGUCCUUACGUGUGGCAGCCACGAUGCGGAAGACUGGAUGGAUUUAAUUCGUCGAAGGCUGCAGCCGAGAAGGCCCUGCCCACUCCAUUUGAGUCCUUGUCUCAAAUCAAGGCAAAGUUCUCUGCUGUUGGCCUCAAGGACCUCAAAGAUAUGGUGGUACUGUCAGGUGCGCAUUCAAUAGGCCUUGCAAGGUGUACAUCCUUCACGCCAAGAUUUUUAAAGAACUUCACAAGUAAAGGCCCAGACUCUACAAUCGACUCUAAGUUCAAGAAUAAACUAACGAAAUACUGCUCACAAAACCAAAGCUCAUUCUUUCCUCUUGAUAACACUACUACAAUAUUUGACAAUGUCUAUUUCAAAGCCUUGAUUGUCAACAAUGGCCUUCUUUUCUCGGACCAAUUGUUAUGGUCUAGCACUGAGAAAUCUACUACUGCAACGAUUGCCAAAUCUUUGGUUCAAAUCUAUGCUACGAAUUCUACUGCUUUUCUUAUUGACUUCUCAGCUUCUAUGAUUAAAAUGGGGAAUAUAGGUCUGCAUAUUGGGAAAAACGGAGAAAUUCGUGGCGAUUGCGGUAAGGUUAAUUAG